ACGAAGCAGCAGCUGCAGCUGACAUUUUUACAGGAGUUCGCAGUGCUCAGUUUCCGAAGAAACCAGCAGAAUUUUGAAAAUAGCAUGUUUAAAAUGUAAACGUGUUAAACGAAGGGGAUAAUAUACAUCUGUCCAUCCUGGAUAUUGAUGGUUUCAUUACGUAAAUCUGUCAGCUGAAGAAAAAGGAGGCGUCACUGGAAGUAAAGCUGAUGGAGAGAGACAGCAAACAGAAGGAGAUGGAAAAAGUUUCACUGUGUGUGAACGAAGGGACCGUUUCAGUCUGGAACGAUGGAGAUCAAAUCUCUGAACAGACAUCCAGAGACACACACGACUCAGAGCUCGGCCUCAGGUUACACUGUUACACUGACACUCAAGAGAAUGCGUGUGACAGUCAUGGAUCCACCAAUCAAAUCUCCACAGAGUCUCUGGGUUCAGACUGUAACGUUGAAGAAGAGCAGAUGCCACUUAAGAUGUGCUCAGUGAAGCUGGAGGACUGCAGGAACCUAACAAAGAUGAAAAGAGAAACUACAGAUGAUGAAGAACAGAGUGAUGAUGAUGAUGAUGACGAUGAUGUUUUCUUUCCAUCAGACUUGAUAAUUGUGAAAGAGGAAAGUGAAACCCUGAAUGAAGAGGAGGAGAUACAUCAGCACAAUGACCCUCAUAAUCUUAUAACUGAAGAAACAGGCCAUGAACGUGAAACAAGUUUAAUUCAGGAAGGUCAAAAACCAUACAAAUGCCCUCAGUGCGGGAGGAGUUUCUCACAAAGAGAGCAGCUUGAAACGCAUAUUAAUGUUCACACCGGAGAUAAACCUUUUGCCUGUCGUGAGUGUGGAAAGAGUUUCACACGCCAAGGAAGCCUUAAUGUACACAUGAGAGUUCAUACCGGAGAGAAGCCUUUCUUGUGCCCUCAAUGUGGAAAGAGUUUCAGUAUUAAACUAUACCUUAAGAAUCACCUAAAAAUUCAUACUGGAGAAAAACCGUACACGUGCCCUGAGUGUGGGAGGAUUUUCUCACAAAGAGGACACCUUGACACGCACAUGAGAUCUCACACAGGAGAAAAACCUUAUUGUUGUAAUGAGUGUGGAAAGAGUUUCACACGCCAAGGAAGACUUAAGAUUCACAUGAGGACUCAUACCGGAGAGAAGCCGUUCACGUGCCCUCAGUGUGGAAAGAGUUUCAUUGGUAAACAUUACCUUAAGGAUCACCUGAAAGUUCACACUGGAGAGAAACCCUAUACAUGCACUCAGUGUGGAAAGAGUUUUGCACAUAAAGGAAUCCUUAAUGUGCACAUGAGAGUUCACACCGGAGAGAAACCUUAUUCCUGCCAUGAGUGUGGAAAGAGUUUUACGCGGGCAGAGAGUGUCAAAGAUCAUCACCUACGAAUUCACUCUGGAGAAAAGUCAAAGUGCAAACAGUAGUUUCCAUCACCCUGUUACAGGCAUUGGAUCAUUGGUUUUGACGAGUUUGUUUCUUGACCAGAUCGAUAAUAAAAUGCAAUGUCCAUACUUUUGAAAAUAAAGUUGUCGGAUAUUCCAA